UAAAUGAUUCAUACUCUUUGUUUUCAACAAACGAGCGAGUGAUCGGUCGCGGAUUGGAAACUUGACUUUUUACACUUUUAGAAUCAGAAUUCUUGAAAACUUGGAAUACUUGAACCUUCGAAACGGAUUUCUUACUCCUCAAACCGAAACAGCAUCUCCGAUUGCAACCAAAACAUACAACUGUCAGUAAUUAAUCCUGAAAUGAAUCGGUUCGAGUACUGCCAAGCUCGGCUUUGGGAAAGCGAGGAAUUUAUAGCGAUAGAUCGAAAUAUUAAACUGUAUAAUGGCAAUGAGAAGACCAGUUAUGACGACGGAGAACUGAUAUUGACUUCGCACAGGUUGCUCUGGGGUCGUAAUGGAGAGCUUGCUCGUGGAGAAAACGUAUUAUCCCUGCGCCUGUUAUACGUAACUUCGCUUGAGCAGGAAGAGGCCAGUUCAAUGCUUUUUGGAAAGAAGAAGCGAAUCAUCCUGCGGUUAGGAGAGGUAUCGGUCGACAAAGCACCAGGGCCAAUGGAUAACAGCAUCGCCCAUUUCGUUAAAAUCUCUGGCCGUAACGGCGUAAGCCAGCUCUUUGUAGAGUCGCUGAAAGCGACAAUAUCUGCACGAGUGUGGGCAGCUAUCACCGCGGACCGUAGUGUCGCUGUAGCAGCUACCGCAACGGCCACUACGGGCAGGACGCUGCGCACAGGUAUCGGCGGUAUCGAGCGCAGUUUAGCAGAGAAGCAAAAACAAACGGACAAAAACAUAAGCAUCGCUUUCCAGGACCUAGACAAACUGAUGGAAAUGGCGAAAGACAUGGUCGCUGUAACCAAAGUGGUCAGCUCCAAGAUACGCGAACGCCACGGAGAAGUAUCGGAAGAUGAAACGGUUCGCUUUAAGUCCUAUCUGAUGAGUCUUGGCAUCGAUGAUCCGGUAACCAGGGACGGUACAAGAAGCAGCUCGGAAUACUUUAUGAGACUAUCGCAGCAGCUGUGCGAAAUGCUGCUUGAUCCCAUCACUGAAGCAGGUGGUAUGAUGUCGCUGGCAGACGUCUACUGUCGUGUGAACCGGGCCCGGGGACUGGAACUCCUUUCGCCAGAAGAUGUUUUAAAUGCGUGUAAACUACUAAUCGGACCGAUUACUCUACGAUCCUUUCCCAGUGGAGCUAUGGUAUUGCAAUUGGAAACUCAUGACGAUGCACUAGUUUCACAGCGAACUUGCGAGCUUGUCAACCAGCACACCUCAAUUAGUACGGACGAGUUGGCACGCUGCGAUGCCAUAUCCUUGAUCUUGGCCAAAGAACGUUUGCUAGCGGCUGAAAGCUUAGGUUACCUAUGUCGCGAUGAAUCGAUCGAAGGAUUACGGUUCUAUGGCAAUAGAUUUAUUCAAUGAUUUUUCAAUGUAUACUUACUAGACUUCUAGGAUGAAAAUUAGAUCGAUGCGUAGUCCUUCUUUGCAGCCCAGUCUGCAUUAAAGUGGAGCACGCGCAAAUUAUAAUCAGUUACAAGGAAAAGCUGCGCAACAUCUGCCUUUAUACCAUAAACUGGUGAAAAGCUAUGUUUCCGUUUCGAUGGAAAAUACAUUUGCACACAGCGA